AUGGGCAGUUACACCGAGAGAACUGAUAGCUACAUCCGCCGGUCGGCGCUAAAAAAGAGCCCUUCGUUCAACUGGUCUUAUAUCUUGAGUGACGCUUUUUUCCUCUCUACAAUAACCAUAGCGAUUAUUGGCUGGAUUAUUGCGUUUGCCGGAUCGGUAUCAGUAGACGUUAAAGGAGCCUUUCCCACUUUGACGUGGUGGGGAAUCGUAUUUGAGUUUUUUCUCAUUCUAGGAGUUAUCUACGUGGUCGGAGCAGAUGCUUUCUACUCGUACCGAUUGGCUCUGUGUGCAUUUCUAGCCACUGGUACUAUUUACACGACCAACUCGACGAACAAUUUCGUGUGGACCUCAACACCCUCAGAAGGAGCAGCAGCAGCUGGACAUAUUUUGUUGUCAAUUAUCAACAUUCUAUGGAUCUUUUACUUUGGCACAGCCGAAGACGAGCCAAUUCAUGCGUUUAUUGACUCAUUUGCACUGAACAAGGAGCUUCGAACUGCCGCGUCUAUGUCGAGACGCAGCACUAAUCCAUUCACCUCAGGCAGGGGAUUAGGGGCUCAAGAUCUCAGCGGCCGAGGCCAGGGUAUGGACAUGACCUACCGACCAGGAGACGGUUCACGAGGCAUGAGCACUGCCGGGUAUCCACAGAUGUUCACAUCAGCUCAGCUCGGAGCAUUUGAGAACUCGAGCGACCACGGGGCAGGUGGCAGCAGUGGCAACGGCAGUAACCUGCUAAUAGAAGGCAAUAAAGCCAGUUACAUGUCUCAUGGCAGCAACGGCACGGGCUUGAACUCGUCGCUACACGCGCCAGUGGAGUACCCGUACCGAGCCAAGGCCAUCUACUCGUACACAGCCAACCCCGAAGACGACAACGAGAUCUCGUUCGAAAAAGACGAGAUCCUCGAAGUCAGCGACAUCACUGGCAGAUGGUGGCAGGCCCGCCGUGCCAAUGGUGAAGUUGGUAUUUGUCCCAGUAAUUACGUUGCUUUAGAGAGCUAG